AGCCAGACCCACAGGUCCACAGGUCCGCAGUAUGAAACGGGAAUCGGUACGGUUCGGUUCGGUUCAGUUCAGUUCAGUUCAGUAAGCCAAAUGCGCGCCAAAGCUCUCGACCAUUAUGUAAAGCUUCUCUUGGCCAAAAACUUAUACACAAACGAAAAUGAAUAAACUCGUGGUACCGCAAAAACAAUCAGAACAAAAAAACUGAGAGAAAACCAAGUGGAAAAACUAGAAGAACAUAACCAAAACUCGAACAAAACAAAAGGAAAACUCUCUGAAAGUGCUAGCAAUUAAAAAUAAUUUCACAAAUUGCAAACGAACAAGAAGCAAAAAUAAAUAAAGGGAAACCCGAAACUUGAAUGUCGCGCAAAAUGUUGCAAGUGCCGGUGGCAACAUUUCUGUUGCUGCUGCUGCUGCAGAGUGCCUCGGCCUCUCCAGCUCCAGCUCCAGUUCCAGCAGCGGCUGCAGCUGCCUCCCCAGAUGCAUCCACCAUCAGCUUUCCUCUGGAACGUCAAAUCGAUGCCAGUUUGAAGAACGCCAAGCAGAUUGAGAGCAGAGUGCUGCCCGAGUUGGACGGCCUGCAACGCAAUCAGGAGGAUGAGAAGUGGCAGCAAGUCGUCCGGUUUAUUGACGAUGGUUUCCCCGUCCUCGAGCUGUAUGCCUACAAGUUCAAGAGGGAUAUCCCAUAUACAUUGAUUGUGCCCAAAAUCGAUGUGCGGACCAUCGAGAAGCCGCGACUGAAGGAGUUCAUGUUGGAGCAUUUGGUGCCUGGGAAGCUCUUUGACAGCUAUAGCGGUGUGGCCAACAGCAAGGAAGAGGAGGAGUCCUACGGCAAUGGGAACGGACAUAAAAUCGUUUUUCGUAAAUUGGAAAAGUCCCACAACAAUGUUUGGCUACUCAAUGGACAGCAAAUACUCUACAAGCUGCGUAUCAAUGAGAAUUUGAUGGCCAUUGGAAUUGAUGGCUAUUUGGGCGAUAGGAAGUCGCCCUACUCCAAGCGGAACAUACAGGAAACGAACAACCGCUACAACGACCCCCAGCCGCUGGAGCAGCCGAACAUAACGAAUGCACAUGCCAAAGUGGAGCCCAUUAUUAAGGAGUCGAAGGCCAGUCCGCUGAUGUCGUUUUUGGCCAACAUGAAGACAGGCACAAAAGUAUUCCAACACUUUCUAUCGAAAAGCAAUCUGACACGCAUAAUGGAUGACAAUGCCUAUACGGUGCUGAUACCCUCGGACAAUGCCUUCCAGCGCUGGCAUCCCAUCGAUUGGGGCUUCUAUCCGUUCAGUGUGCCAGAGUUCACCGAAACGGUGCUGCUCAAUCAUUUCCUGCCCAUGCAGCGGCCCCUCCGACUAUCGGAUGUGAGGAACAUGGACGAGGUCGUCGUUCACACCAUGGGCGGUGAUGAUGUCGUCUUCCAUGGCCAACCCACCCCCACGGUGAAUAAUGUCAGCAUUAUGUCCGACUUCACCCUCUCCAACGGCAAUCAGGUGUUCAUUAUAUCGGAGGUGCUCUUUGUCACCGAGGCCGUCGUCUCCAAAUUGCACCAGAUGCACAAGGACAAGGAGACUCCCCCGUUGCUGGCAUUCCCCUGGUUUGGGGCUCAGUUCUUGUCGCAUUCGUUUUUGGCCCUGGAAAGAGAUCCACGUUUUACCCAGAUUACUAGAUAUCUGAACAACGCAGAGAUUGCUCCCCAUAUCUCAGGAGCCAAUUACACCUUUUUUGUGCCAGAGGAUCGGGCCUUUGAGAAGCUUGGUUUCGAUAGACUUUCGGAUGAGGUAAUGGCCUCUCAGCGGGGAAUAAAAAUGCUCUUAAAUCACUUUGUACGCGGCCGUCUUUACAACCGUGAUCUGCGCGAUAAUGAGGUAUACGAAACGAUCGGCGGCGGUCACAUAAAGAUCACACGCAACCCGGGCAGCAACUAUACGAGCGUCAACAAUGCCCAGAUAACGGAGAGUGAGGUAUUCGUCUAUAACCUGGGCACCAUGUACUAUCUGGAUGACAUCCUUUAUUCGCACAUACUCCGCGACUUCAUCAGCAAGUCGACCAAGACGAGAUCGAAUCGAAACGGCGGCGACUCCGGUGGAGGAUCGCGCAGCACUUCCCGUCCCAGCGAUGUGGAGAUCGUGCCCAAUGAGUUCGAGAGCGAGCACAAUGGCGGCGACUAUGCCAUCCAUGGCGAUGACGAGGACUUUGAGGAUGAGAUCAUCACGCCAAAAGCGUUGCCCGUCCAGAUCUAUGAGUUGCCCAAGUAAAGAGUGCCUCGAAAGAGGAUUCAGGCCGAGAGUGCUGGCAGAUCCAAGAGGGUCACCAUGUGGGGGAGUUUGAUAUGGGCUUACAUAAAGCUAAAUAUAAUUUUUUUUGCGUGAGGUCUGUAUUGAGUCGAGUGGAUUAUGGAGAAGAGGGAGGAGGCGCUUAAAGCGUUUUUGUAUAGUUCUGGGCUAAUUUUUUAAAGCAUUUCUCUAGUUUAGUUGAUAGUUUCUUGUGUACAUUUUAAGUUUAGUAUUGAACGAGGCGGUGAAACGAAGUAUACUACAACAGCAACCAGAAGAACAACAGAAAACGGCAACAAAUAUACUAUACCUAAUCCUAAAGAACUUAUCAGCAAUUUAAACGAAGCUUGUAGACAUAGCGAGAAAUUGCAAGAGAAAAAACCAAGAUAACUAUAACUAUAUGAAGAGUGAAGAAUAAGCAUUCACGUAAUAUUCGAAUUACAUAGAAACGAAACACAAACCAAAACAAACAAACAAACAAAAAUAUAAACAAACGAACGAAAUUUUCACACAAAAUUAUAAAGAUAUGCGUAUACCUACCAUAGAUACCCGUAUAUACUAUCAAAAUUCAAUUAGCGCUCAUCGAUGUUGAUGCUUUUUUGGGUCUAUCCGUAUGAGAGAGGGCAUAGCGAGAACA